AUGACAGCGAGAUCGGUCGACCGGGAGCUUCGUCGGGAGAGGAUUGCCUCGUACCAGUCGUGGGAGAUAAACAAGUGAAUGUCUCCCUCACAGAGUGAUCGUCAAAAAGUGGAAUGCACGUGACGGCGGAUGAGCUCGCACGUGACUGGAAGAAGAUGAGUCGAAGGUGACAGCGAGGUCGGCUACGACGAUCGACGGAUGUACCAGGUGAGAGAGGAGUUGGCAGGACACCAAAAGCGAAGAGCCAGCUAGCCUUUGGUGUAGGUGGCCGUCGUCGGUAGAGGAGCCUUCUUCUGCUGUCGCUUCGACCUUGGACCGAAGGAGGCUAGUGGGCCUCUUAGAGAGAGUGUGUGGAUGUGCGACGGCACGGGAUCUAUCUCUCUUUUGCAGGAAAUAUCAAAAUCCCGACAGAUUCAGAUGCGCGCAAGGUCGAGGAACUGGGUGGAUGGCGGUUCCAAGGCGGUUGCGGCGGGGGUUGAUGAGUUGGGGUAUGGACGUGCGUGCGCGGAAGGCCAAACAAGAGAGAGCCGCUGGGCUGGGGGGGAGCGCCCUUUUUAUAUUGCCGGGCUCUCUCAGCCACAGUGGCCUGUGCGCUUGUGGCGGCCGAAAAUUGCAAGCCCGGAAGGGCCUAGCGUCACGCCGCUUUUACCGCUAGAAGCUUCCUUCCUGCCACUUACCGCGCUGACAAGGCACGGACCUUCCCCCUUUGCCGCACCUUCAAACCCCCUUUUUCUCUCUGCCCGCACUGAAACAGCUGCUGAGGGUGACAUGGUUAUGAAGCAGACAAUGGGCUUCAACAAUGGGCGCCCCCCUCAACUUGUCUACUGUGUAUUCUAUUGUAGGUAUGCACUCACCCUGCUCGCAGCGCAGAGGGAAAACGCGUUGGGGCCCGCGAUGAGGACGCGUCAGAAAAGAACGCCCCGUCAAUCGGGAUCGGCGAGAGCCGGCGCCCCAGUCCUCCUGCCUUUUUGCGUCGUCAGCGACCGCUCCCCUCCUUCCGCAUCGCCGUCACCAUGUACUGUGGUAAGCUGCAAGUGUUGUAAUCGCUGCAAAAGACGGUUGUUCCGAUGAAAAGAGAAGACAGGUCUUUGUUUGUUGAAUGUGGAGGAGAAAAACUGGAAUGCGAGGGAGGAUUCACAAACGGGUGCUUCAAAGCGGCCGAUCCUCUUGGCGCGCACCACAGCUCCUCUCCGCCACCAGCCAUGACUCACAAAUUUCCGCCGUG